AUGCUUGCCAGUAGUUUUUCUCAACAGCAGCCGUCGCUGGACUCGCUGUCUAUGUGCGAGUAUUGCGGUGCCGCCUCCAUCGACCUCUGGAAAGGAACCACCUGUGAGCAUUACGUAUGCAAGAAGUGUUUACUGAACAAGGAACCUUCGCAAGCCCCCCGAUGUACCUGCUGCAACGGAAACAGUACCUUGCUCUGUCCUGGUUCAAUAUUUGGCUGCAAGUAUCAGACGGCCAUCCCUCAUAACUGUCUGGACCACUUCCGGACCUGCCCUCGACGUCCGACGCCGUGCCCCAACGAGUGUUCUUCCAUCGUCCCCAACACCGACCUACCAAAGCACUUGACCGAUGAGUGUUCCAAGCGUACGCAGGAGUGCCGUUUCUGCUACGGGAACUAUUUCGUCUCCGAGAUUGGGAAUCACUUGAAGGACUGUCAGGAUUACCCACUCUCGUGUCAGUACUGCAACCAAGAGAACAUUCGACGUGGCAGCUUUGAAGAGCAUGGCUUCGGUUGCCGCAAGACACCGAAGCUCUGCAAGAUGGCCGCUUUCGAUGUACAUUCAAGGCAGGCGAUGACGAAAUGGAACGUCAUAUGA